UUUUCUUUUCCCCCUUUUGAUUUCUCUACGCAUGGGAUUUCUUUUGGCCAUGCCGCCUUAACGUGGCUAUUGGCCAAGCGCUUCUUUUUGGUCUUGGAGUAACAAGUUGCGACAAGAGAAAGAGUGGACAACGGCGUUGGCUUCACUUGGGCUGGUCUUUGAUUCGGUGUGACUUUUUUUCUUCUUUCCUUUUGAUUCCCCCCUUUCCUUUUCUUCAUCUUCGUUAUAUGAUUCUGGACGCGAAAAAGAACAACUGUUAUUUCCCCUGCUACAUGCUAUUUUUCUUCAUAUUCUUCUCUUUCAAGCUGGCUUGGUUCUUCGAAUGGACGGGGAAAAAUUGUGCCUUUUCUCUAUGGACUUUCUUCUACACAUCUUUCUCGCCCGGUAAAAGCAAACACAAAAGUGACAAAAAAAAUUCUUUGGGGGGGGGGGCUAUUAUGUUUUUUUUUCUUUGGUUUGGCAGCGCUGCAUUUUUAUUGGAACACUGGGAAACGCUUCAGAUACCGCUUCAACAUGGCUUCAACACGGCUUCGACUUUUGAUAUCCUUAUUAUCAUUCUACCCUUUUUACUCUUCUUCUUAUCACGGCCCCUUUUUUGUUUUUGGCUUCUGUUGAUGGCUUUGCCAUUUGGCUAGUCUUGAUUUAUUUCGCAUUCAGCGUCCUUUAUAGAACCGACUACAGCAUGCAAAUGCCGCACACCAAUACCUUUUUCUGGCCUCCAAUAGGAGGAGCUGUAGCUUGCACUCUUAC